AUGAUCAUGGCGCAGGAACGUUCUCUUCGCGUACUGAAUUUGUUUGCCAGUGCCCUCACAACACCUUUCCUCAUUGCCAUCACCGUUCUCUCGCUGGAGUCCCAUAGUUACCGGUAUUGGUACGACCAUCGCGAUGUAACUACAUUCUGCUUCGGCUACAUCCCCCUCGCCAUGACUGCGGUUGCUUCAACGGCGAGCAUUGUCCACCAACGAAGGCACAAUCGUACGCCAGGCCCCAAGUUCGCUCUCCUAGACGGAUUGGCGGGUAUCGCCUAUCUUGCAAUACUCAUUCCGAUCUGGGCAGUCGAGGUUGACGAUCUGGGGUCAGCGGGAUAUGGCUUCUUGGCUGGAUACGCAACAGCUCCCAUGAUUGUCAAUAUGUUUGUCCACUUCUACUUCUUUGCUUGCAAGGCUCGAGCGAUGUGGUUUGCGUUGCGUACUCCGACGAUCAAAGAGACGAACAAGGGUGGAGCGCGGUACAGCUUGCUGCGUGGAGAAGACUAUCUCGAUGCCGACGCUGAUGCCGAGCGCUACAUCGAUGAGAGCGCGAGGUCUUCCGAGGAGCAGCUCCGACCUGAGGGUGAUGACAAGGAAGACAAGGGCAAGUCCAGCAUCGAUGUCUGA